AUGUCUUCUCUAUAUGCUAAUCCCCGAGCAGGUUAUACAGUCGGUACCGCACUAGGCGGCUCCGUCGGCGGUUUACUUAUUCUCUCGCUGCUUUUCUUCUGGUUCCGCGCGCACAACAACAAAAAGAAGAAACUGAGGCUAUCUGUUAGUAGCAGAUCAGCGCAAUCAAACAAGCUUGAAGAAGAGAAGAUCGAGGAUGUCAAGGCCAACGGUGUUCCACAGAGGAAGCCGCUGCCGAAGAACCCUAAUGCUUCUGGAACAGGGACAGGAACUCAUGUGAGGAAGCUAGACGGCGGAAGAUCUCUGAAGUCUACCAAUACACUGUGA